UGCGCUUGCGCCUGGAGCGCUGUUUGUGUCGCGCAUCCCUUGUGGUUAUCACUUUGGAAGAAAAGUUUGCGUAUUUUGUUAAGAGCGAAUAUGGCAGUAAGAGCCCAAUUCGAAAACAAUAACGAGAUUGGCGUCUUCGCUAAACUUACGAACUCGUAUUGCUUGGUGGCUAUUGGCGGUUCAGAGAACUUCUACAGCAUCUUCGAAGGCGAGCUUGCGGAUACCAUAUCCGUGAUCCACGCGUCCAUCGCCGGUUGCCGGAUAAUUGGACGGCUUACUGUGGGUAAUCGCCAUGGCUUGCUGGUGCCCAACACCACAACUGACCAGGAACUUCAGCAUCUUCGAAACUCUCUUCCCGAUAGCGUAAAAAUACAGCGGAUUGAAGAACGCCUAUCAGCACUUGGAAAUGUCAUAGCCUGCAAUGACUAUGUUGCUCUGACACACCCCGAUUUAGACAAGGAGACGGAAGAAAUUAUAGCUGACGUACUUAAAGUUGAGGUGUUCCGGCAAACAAUAGCUGGAAAUGUUCUUGUUGGCAGUUACUGUGCCCUCAGCAAUCAAGGUGGCCUGGUGCACCCGAGGACAUCCAUUGAGGACCAGGGAGAGCUUUCCUCCCUUCUACAGGUCCCUCUUGUUGCGGGCACAGUGAAUCGAGGCAGCGACGUAGUGGGUGCAGGGAUGGUGGUGAAUGAUUGGUGUGCUUUUUGUGGCAUGGACACUACAAGCACAGAGCUCUCAGUAGUGGAGAGUGUCUUCCGGCUGAAUGAGGCUACUCCAGCAGCCAUCACGACCACUAUGAAGGCAUCUUUGAUUGAGAGUAUGACUUGAUGCUGGUGUGCAGUCAAGGUGGCUGACCAUCCAAAGGUGUCCCAUGUACAGUGAAAAAACGUGCUCUCUUUUAUUCUUUUAGCACAAAUUAAUUAGUGAACGUACAUUGAAAGACAUUAAAUGAUGCUGGUUGCACAGAA